AUGCAGUUGAAGCACGUCCUACCCCUCCUCGCGGGUACCGCCCUGGGGAAGUACUGCUACGAAAGUGGCCAGAAGUGGAUAGACGUCGGGACUGAGCCGGUGAUAACUGAAGCAAUCGGGCGCGUCUGCUCCCCGAAAAAGCUCGCGGGCGAGUACCCAAAGCAUGAGACCAUCAGGAUAUGCGAGAAUGUGGCCGGGCACAGCUUUUACGUCUCGAUUCGGCACAUCGACAGCGAGGGGGGGUUGGACCCCUGGCUGCUUUCCCAGGGGACCUGCCGUGAUCUCCUGAAGAAGGUCUAUCAAGAAUGCCCUGAGAAAGGCGGCAGCAUGAUCUUGACUGCUGGGACUGGUGAAGACAACCCUUGGGUGAAUGCUGAUGUCCGCGUGGACCCUGAGAACAGCUGUUGCGAUUGCUGA